AAUUUGCAUAUUCUCUCUCUCCCAUCCACCAUCAUUGUCGUCAUCAAACUCGGUGGUCUGCUUUUUACAAUUUAUCCAUAGAUCAAGCAACCUCCGAAGAAAUCAUAAGUAUGGAAACACCAAAUCAUUAGAUCAUAAGCCAUGUCUGUUGCAGACCCAUGGCCCUUUUCCUAAACUUCAGUUCUCUUCUUCCAAUUCCCGCUUUUAACUUCGAUUCCUGACUUGGGUUUUGAAUUUCGUCAAAAAAUGAAGAAAUUCCGAGGUUUUUUGCUCAAACAUAGAGUCAUCUCACUAUUCCGAUGCAUCCGCCGGAGAAACCAGCUGUCGCCGAGGGGAUACCAUCGGUUAAACCCAUCUCUCAGAUCGUUUUCAAAAUUCUUGAAGUGGGGUGCUCGAGUUAAGGCGAAAGCAAGAGCUGUUUGUUCUAUAAACCCAGCUUUUCGUUCGGGUUACUUUCGUAUAGGAAAAGACUCCGUUGUGGAAACGGAUCAUGCGCCGCCGCACGCGACUGUUCCGAAGGGGAAGAUGGCUGUGUACGUGGGACAGGACGACGGCGGUUUCGAGAGGGUGUUGGUGCCGGUGAUAUAUAUAAACCAUCCUUUGUUUGGGCAGUUGUUGAUGAAGGCGGAGGAGGAAUACGGUCAUGAUCAUCCCGGUGGUAUCACGAUUCCUUGCCGGAUUUCAGAGUUUGAGAACGUGAAGACUAGGAUUGCCGCUGGAAGCGGUGGCCGGAAACUGAUACCCUCACCGUGGUAGCUGAGCAACACUUGAUGACGACGGCGAUAUAAAUUAGAAUGUCACUUUUGUCUAUCUUAGACUUUUGAUUUUCUUCAUAUAUGUGGACAUAAAUAAAUAAUCUAAAUUUCAAAGUGUUUUAUAAUAUGUGUAACUGUUACAUUAAUUUAUUUAAGUCGUAGUUAUUAAUAAGACCAAUAUUUUGUCAAA